AUGGGAUGUAAACACAUGAAUGCGUUAUUGAAUCUGGGCAAAAUGAGCAACUCCCAAUUCUCUAGAGACAGGAAGGGAAUUGGAAUGAUGGUUGUAGAUGAAGAUAAGCUCUGGGUUGACCCACAAAUAACUGGUGGCCUUGCUAUUGAAGGCUGCGUCGAGGGGGCAGAACGUAGGGAAGCUGACAGUCUUGACCAUUUGUGCCCAGUUGCUACAGAAGUCAUGGUUUUACCUCCUAAGCAGGUUGCUGCAGAGGUUACAAUCUGGUUUUCUGGACUGGUUGCUGCAGAAACCCUCGAAAAUCUCAUCAGACAAGCAGAGAAUUACACCAGUAUCUUCUUCUGCAACAGCUACAGAAAUAUGGCCUUAGAGGCUACAGCUUCAGUUCAGGAGUUCUUCACUGAUGUGGGGCUCUAUUUGUUUGGUGCAGAUGUUCAUCCUGAAGAAUUUGUAAACAGAUUCUUUGACGGUCUUUUCCCUCUGGUCUACAAUCACCUCAUUAGCCCUGGUGUGACAGACAGUUCCCUGGAAUACUCAGAAUGCAUCCGGAUGGCUCGCCGGGAUGUUAGUCCCUUUGGUAAUAUUCCCCAAAGAGUGAUGGGGCAGAUGGGGAGAUCGCUGCUGCCUAGCCGCACAUUUCUGCAGGCACUGAAUCUGGGCAUUGAAGUCAUCAAUACCACAGACCAUUUACACUUCUCCAGAGAGUGCAGCAGAGCCGUCCUGAGGAUGCAGUACUGCCCUCACUGCCAGGGCCUGACUCUCAGCAAGCCUUGCAUGGGGUACUGCCUCAACGUCAUGAGAGGCUGCUUGGCACACAUGGCAGAGCUGAAUCCACACUGGCAUGCCUACAUCCGGUCAUUGGGAGAGCUGUCAGAUGCCAUGCAUGGAACAUAUGACAUUGAACAUGUGCUCCUGAACUUCCACUUGCUUGUUAAUGAUGCCGUGAUGCAGGCUCACCUCGAUGCACAAAAGUUAUCGGAGCAGAUCAGUAAGAUUUGUGGCCGUCCAAUCAGAACACCUACACAAAGCCCCCGUUGUUCUUUUGAGGGAAGCAAAGAGAAGCAUGGGAUGAAGAUCUCUCCAAGAAAUGGUGAAGAGACACUUGCCAACAGAAGAAAGGAAUUUAUCAACAGCCUUAGACUGUACAGGACGUUCUAUGGAGGCCUGGCUGAUGAGCUCUGCGUUAAUGAAUUAGCUGCUGCCGAUGGACUACCAUGCUGGGACGGGGAGCAUAUAGUAAAAAGUUCUGGAAGUGUUUGUCAACAACCCCCAGCUGGCACCUUCUCCACAGGAUUGCCACCUGGCUCAGAGUGCAUGUGCUGCUCUCAGACCCCCUCCCCAGGCCCCAAUCAUGAGGUAAUGACUGAGGUCCAUGGAGCAGCAUCAUUGCCUCCAGGUGGAAGCAACUUCCUGCUGCAGUCUGUGCCCCACUGCUUCCUGGUGAGCCGCACAAGACACCAGGAAAACAAAGUCACAACCCUGUGGAAAGCAGGUGGCGUGCUGACAGCUGAGCUGCUCGUGAUACCUCAGCCGGCCCUGUGGUCCUGUUGUGUGGUUGUGUUCCCAUCAAAAGAGCACCCGUAUGACGUUGAGUUUUACCUCAGUGCUCGCCAACCAUCAUGCCAAUUUCUACUUGGGCACAAGGAAAUUCAAUUAGAAAAUCUGACUAAAAAUGAGCUAGAAGCUAAAACGAUUGUGGAUGAUUUCAGACGUUUUCUCGGUGUAACCACAAUGUGGCGCUGCAGUGUCAGUGAAGCCCCUCCGAUGUUCCAGGACAGUGCGGAGUCCAGGGAUCAGAAACCUAUCAGACAGUGUGUGAACGAAGGGAAAGUGCAGCACCUGAAAGCUUGCUUUGUGGGCUGA